AUGCGGGCGGCGCGGCACGUCGUGUGCGCCCUGUCCGGCGGGGUGGACAGCGCCGUGGCCGCGCUGCUGCUGAGGCGGAGAGGCUACCAGGUGACAGGGGUGUUUAUGAAGAACUGGGACUCUCUGGACGAGCAUGGCGUGUGCGCCGCCGACAAGGACUGCGAGGACGCCUACAGGGUCUGCCGGGUGCUGGACAUCCCCUUCCACCAGGUGUCCUACGUGAGGGAGUAUUGGAACGACGUGUUCAGCGACUUUUUAAGCGAGUACGAGAAAGGAAGGACCCCCAACCCCGACAUCGCCUGCAACAAGCACAUCAAGUUCGGCUGCUUCUUCCACUACGCCGUGGACAACCUCGGCGCAGACGCAGUUGCCACAGGCCACUACGCCAGAACUUCGCUGGAGGACGAGGAAGUCUUUCAGCAGAAGCACAUUAAGAGGCCAGAAGGGCUUUUCAGAAACCGCUUUGAAGUUAGGAACGCGGUAAAACUCCUCCAAGCAGCUGACAGCUUUAAAGACCAGACCUUCUUUCUCAGCCAGGUUUCCCAGGAUGCCCUGCGGCGAACCCUCUUCCCUCUGGGGGGAUUAACGAAAGAUUUUGUAAAGAAAAUAGCGGCUGAGAAUAGACUUCAUCAUGUGCUCCAGAAGAGAGAGAGCAUGGGCAUCUGCUUCGUGGGGAAAAGAAAUUUUGAAAAUUUCAUCCUGCAGGUGAGUGGUCCUUGCGGCACCGGGCGGAGCGGGGUUCUGUGGGCGCCGCUCCCGGUGACGCUGCGUGUGUGUCAGUAUUUGCAGCCUCGGCCCGGGAGGUUCGUGUCUGUGGAGGACGGGCGCGUCCUGGGGACACACCAAGGCUGGUUCCUGUUCACGCUGGGCCAGAGAGCCAACCUCGGUGGCCUGCGGGAGCCCUGGUACGUGGUGGACAAGGACAGCGCCACGGGCGACGUGCUUGUGGCCCCUCGCACAGACCACCCCGCCCUGUACCGAGACCUGCUGCGGACGGGCCGCGUGCACUGGAUGGCGGAGGAGCCGCCCGCGGCGCUGGUCCGGGACAAGAUGAUGGAGUGCCACUUCCGCUUCCGCCACCAGAUGGCGCUAGUGCCGUGUGUGCUGACCCUCAACCAAGAUGGCAGCGUGUGGGUGACCGCUGUGACGCCUGUGCGGGCCCUCGCCCUGGGGCAGUUCGCGGUGCUCUACAAGGGAGAGGAGUGCUUGGGCAGCGGGAAGAUCCUGCGCCUGGGGCCAUCCGCCUACACGCUCCAGAAAGGCCGGAGCCGAUCCAGAGCGGCCACCGAGGGCUCCGGGGAGGGGCCGGGCGACGGCCCAGCCUCAGGGCCCCCACUGUGACCCAGCCCGAGUGGCCCCUGAGGGCCUAAGAGCCGACGAGGAGCGGAGCCCAGCAGAGGCUGCCAGGGGCCCGAGCCGCGCCGGGGGUGCUGCCAGGCUGCCGGGUAGCAGGAAGGCCCAGGAAAGCCGCCCUGACGCCUCCCCGUCGGGGCCCGGCAGGAGGACUUGCUGCGCCGGGGGAUGGGGCCUGCGCGGGGCUGUGUGGCUGCGGGGACGGUGGAAUAAAGGUCUCUGUUCUCUGCGGGGUGUGGAUCCUGCUGGAGGCUGGGGGGCGGGGAGGGCACCACGGCACCGGCCC